AUGAGUACUAGCGGAAGGUUCUUCAGCUGUUCUGGUCUUAUUCUGUCGGGACCUACCCUUCUUACCGACAUGAUAGCAUGUCGUAUUUCGGACGUCUUCUCAACAAUUGAUCCAGAAAUACUUUUAACAGUUCCGCGAUCUCCAGUUUACGUGGUUCAAUGCCGUUACACCUGGAUGAGAUGUUCCGCUUCUCUUUUGCUCAUUGCUAUUCUUGAAACCACGUCCCGAACUCUACUUCAGUGGAUCAUCUACGAUUCUCCUAUGGGUUGCGUUCAGUGUGUGUUGUAA